AUGGAUCCCCUCGACCGCGAGCUCAUCGAGGCCGAGCGCGAUGCCUCCCCCGAGCACUAUCGACGCCGGGCUAGUAACGAGAUCGAGCGCGUCAUCACGGCAUCGUCAGCCUCGUCUGCGUCCACGGACCAUGGAAGCAUGUUCCGCCGCAACAUGAGCCGCGUAUCUACACAAAACGACCUGGAGCGCCAUCCCACCGCCCUGAGCCGUAUUGCUACUCAGCGAAGCCAGCACGUUAAUACUGUCGGUGGGUCGAUUCGCUCCGAGAGCAGGGCCUCUCGUAAGCCGUUGCCGCCCUUUGGCGGUGGGAAGCCGUAUCCCCCACUGCUGCCCGCCCAGGAGGAGUAUGUCGUCGAGUUUGACGGCCCCGACGACCCCCUUCACGCCCAGAACUGGCCCAUAAGAAAGAAGCUCCUGACCUCCGCCAUGCUGGCCUACACCACCGUCACCACCACCUUCACAUCGUCCAUCUUCUCCGCUGCUACUAGCACCGUGGCCGAAAAGUUCGACGUCGGCCUCGAGGUGGGCAUCCUGGGCACCUCAUUCUAUGUGCUUGGUUUUGCCUUUGGUCCCAGUCUCUGGGCCCCUCUGUCCGAGCUCAAGGGCCGUCGUUUGCCCAUUGUGCUCUCCAUCUUCGGCUUCUCCGUCUUCACCAUCGCAACGGCCACGGCCAAGGACAUCCAGACCAUUCUCAUCUGCCGCUUCUUUGCCGGAUUCUUUGGCGCCUGUCCCCUCGCUGUCGUUGCCGCCGUCUUUUCCGACAUGUUUGAUAACAGAACUCGAGGAACGGCGAUUGCCAUCUUCUCCAUGACUGUCUUCACUGGCCCCAUGCUCGCGCCCUUCAUCGGCGGCUUCAUUGUCGACUCACACCUGGGAUGGCGCUGGACCGAGUAUCUCGCCGCCAUCAUGGGAUUUGUUGCCUUGAUUCUUGACAUGUUCUUCCUUAGCGAGUCCUAUCCGCCCGUCAUCCUCGUCAGCAAGGCCUCGGAACUGCGACGCCGGACCAAGAACUGGGGUAUCCAUGCCAAGCAGGAGGAAAUCGAAAUCGACUUUGGCGAGCUCGUCAGCAAGAACUUUACCCGUCCGCUGCGACUCCUGUUCACCGAGCCAAUCAUCCUCCUCCUGUCCAUUUACAUGAGCUUCAUCUAUGGGCUGCUCUACCUCUUCUUUACCGCGUACCCCCUUGUUUUCGUCGGUGUCCACCACUUCAACUCGGGCCAGUCCGGUUUGACGUUCUUCGGAAUGAUUAUUGGCGAGCUGCUCGCGACCAUCACCAUCAUUCUCCAGGUGCCAUGGUACAACCGCAAGCUCGCAGCCAACCAUGGAAUCCCGAUUCCCGAGUGGCGAUUGCCCAACAUGAUGGUUGGUGGCGUUGCUUUCGCCGGCGGCAUCUUUUGGUUUGGAUGGACUGGAUACAAGGAGAGCAUCCACUGGGCAGCUCCCGCUGUUAGCGGUAUCCUCACCGGCUUUGGCCUCAUGUCGAUUUUCCUGCAAGCCCUCAACUAUCUUGUCGAUGCCUACCUCAUGUUCGCCGCCUCAGCCCUUGCCGGCAACACCUUCAUGAGAUCCCUCUUUGGCGCCGCUUUCCCGCUUUUCGGGCGGCAAAUGUUCAACGGCAUGCACAUCGAAUGGGCUGCCACGUUGCUGGGCUGCGUAGCCCUCGUGCUCGCUCCCAUUCCCUUUGUCUUCUACUUCUACGGCGCCAAGAUUCGCGCGAAGAGCAAGAUCGCCCCCGUGUUUUCCGCUCCGGCGGAUGUGCCCGAAAAGGAGGAGGCCGGACAUGAAGCGGCCUUGGCCAAUGCUCCUAAGAGGAGCAGCGAGGCUUCGGGGCCCGAAGAGAGUGUGUAG